GGAGGGCUGACGACGAGGCGAGUACAGGAGAGAGGAAGAACGGGCCUAGUUUCUCAUUUUCCGUGAUUAAUUUUCUCUAGAAUGUUCACCAAUUAACUGAUAAAGUAGUGAAACCAAGGUAGCUAGCUACUCAGAUUUCUGAGUGCAUUACUGCACUGUUUCUUAGCACCCUUUGCAACACAACUCGUAGAUUAACGUUAGUUAGCUGAUGCUAAUGCGGCUAGGUGGCUGUUUAACUCGCUAGGUCUAUGACUAUAAUGUUGACCGUCAACUUGCAAGAAACGCGUUUCAGAUCAUUGUAGUAUUGUUUAUUUCUAUAAAUCAAUAUUUUGCCAUUGCUUCAUAGUAUAUUAUCGCUUUGCGAGCUCGUAAUCUGCGCCCUGUGUCAACAAGAUUGAUGACUAGCAGCAACAAUGGCUAACAAAUCAGCCAGACAUGAGCUCACAACGGGAAAUAGCGCUUAAGCAGCAACCGAUAGCUCACCAGGGAGAAUUCGAAGGAAGUAUUUGAUAUCAAAUAACGAUAGCGUUAAUUUAUUUUGUUUGUGGCGUUGGAAAUCGACGUUUUCUCGGAAACUCCCGUUGUUUACAGCAACAAGCGGGCGGCCCGCCUGUCCGCGGUGUUUAGUUGAGCAGCCUGUCUGAUUUGCACGGACUGCCCUCAGGCCUUGCUUUGGAGCUACGGCCGACGUCCGUCAUGGGCGACAGCAGAGACUCGCGGAGUCCAGACAGCUCUUCGGUCUCGUCCCCCCCACCCGGGCAGCGCUCGCCCCCAUUGGCUCCCUCAGCCGCCGCCAUGACAUCACUGCCCCCGCCCAUCACCGCUGCGGUCAACAGCCCAAUCAGCACCCUGGGCUCGCCCUUCUCCGUCAUCAGCUCCUCCCUGGGCUCCCCUUGCGUGCCCGGGACCCCCUCCGUGGGCUACGGGCCAAUCAGCAGCCCCCAGAUAAACUCCACGGUCUCCAUGUCGGGUCUGCACGCAGUAAGCAGCUCAGACGAUGUGAAGCCCCCGUUUGGGCUGAAGCCCCUCGGCGGCCACAGUCCCGGGCCCAUGCUGUCCCAAAAACGCCUCUGCGCCAUCUGUGGGGACCGCUCCUCCGGUAAGCACUAUGGCGUGUACAGCUGUGAAGGCUGUAAGGGCUUCUUCAAGCGCACGGUGAGGAAGGACCUGAGCUACACCUGCCGGGACAACAAGGACUGCCUGGUGGACAAGCGUCAGCGCAACCGCUGCCAGUACUGCCGCUACCAGAAGUGCCUGGCCAUGGGCAUGAAGCGGGAAGUGGUCCAAGAUGAACGACAGAGAUGUAAGGACAAAGUGGUGAAAGGAGGAGUAUGUGUGUGUGUGUGUGUGUGUGUGUGCUUGUGCUCGUGUGUUUGUUUGCAAGCGUUUUGAGUGAAACAGAUGUAUUUCUGGGAGAUAAAAGUUUUGGUAGACUGGAAUUUAAUUCCGUGGCUGCAUGUCAGAUCUCAGAAGUGGACCAAUGAAAGUGGAGGUUUAGGCCCAAGAGUCCCGCCUAGACGUGGUGGAAGAUGCCUGCCUUAAAUCUUUAGCUGUAAGCCGCAGUUUUGACCCUCUACUGUAAGGUCAAAUGCAGUUUUGACCCUCUAUUGAAAGGUCAAACGCAGUUUUGACCCUCUACUGUAAGGUCAAACGCAGUUUUGACCCUCUAUUGUAAGGUCAAACACAGUUUUGACCCUCUACUGUAAGGUCAAAUGCAGUUUUGACCCUCUAUUGUAAGGUCAAAUGCAGUUUUGACCCUCUAUUGUAAGGUCAAACGCAGUUUUGACCCUCUACUGUAAGGUCAAAUGCAGUUUUGACCCUCUAUUGAAAGGU